UUGAUUUGCUCAUGUCUUCCAACGUUGAAUGCUGGACUGUCUGAGUUGAUUGAGUUCAGGUUAUUUGCGUCGCCCAAUCAGCACACCGUCAGGUGAUGCAAAUUUCAACCCCAAGCCAAGACACUGGAUUUCUACCGGUACGUCGCAAAAUACUCUGUGCGAUUGGCUGGUCAAUAGCGGGUCUAUCUUCCAGCUCUGUAGUCUUGAGAAACGCGAAUCGCACAUGAUUCCUGGUCUUCCCAUACAUUGGACAGGAUGGCUGAGCGUUGCCCUAGUUUGAAGGAUGCCGUGGCAUCUUAAACCAUUGUUUUUGGAUACUGACUCAUGUUCUGCUUCAAGAUGAGGCCUGGUCAAAUCCCUCCAGGCAUAUGCUAUUUCUCCCCGUGACUUGACCUUCUUCUGUGACCUCCUGAUACUUACACGUUCUUGGCUGUCUAGGAUCAAGACCCUCAUUCGCAUGCAUGGUUCCCUAUGAGAAUUAGGACCAAGGUCCCAUCGGGUCCCGCACUGUUCACCUCAUACUUGAUCGUGCCUCUCGUUAGAGAUAGUAUGGCUGUGGAACUUCACCUUUUCGAUCUCACAACUGUCUCACUGCAUUGGAGAAUAUGGUCAUUCAGGUUUCAAAACCCUUUCACAUUCCUUAUUGAUGGCAGAGCUUCCGGACCGUUACCACUUUAUGGCGAGUAUAUAAGGCCCAUGCAUUGAAGCCAACUUGUUCAGAGCACUGUGGUUCGGUGACUUGCCCGUUACCAUGUUGUCUCUUAUUACAAGUUUAGUCUCUGUUCUAUACAUCGCUGCGUUGUCUCACGCUUCGCCUCUUGAACCUCGAGCUCCAGUAUGGACCUUCACUGAACGAGGAAACUCUGGAAUCGUGGCUCUGGAAUCCAUCAUUGUUUCGCCUACUCUUGCCCUUUUCUUUGACAAAGCUUCAGACGAUCCUCUUCAAAUUAACAACCAUUCUGCCUGGGGUGCUCUUUGGAACCUCGUGACCGACGAGGUUACUCCUCUGGAUGUCGUUACGAACUCGUUCUGUGCAAGCGGUGCUCUCUUGAGUAAUGGUAGCAUGGUCAGUGUGGGUGGUGACCCGAAUCUCUUCCCCGGAAACCCAGCGAUCGAAGAUGGUACUCAGGGCAUCCGUAUCUUCGAACCAUGCGACGACCCUGCGGGAGUCGGCUGCACAUUGUUCGAGGAUCCGACGACCUUGCAUCUGGCAGAAAACAGAUGGUAUCCUUCGGCGAUCCGUAUUCCAGAUGGAAGUCUCAUGAUUGUAGGUGGCGCGCAUCACAAUCUAGUCUUCUACAACGAUAUCGAACAAGGCGCCGCUACUGUCGAGUUCUUCCCCCCUAAGUUUGGCGGUGUCCCUAGGCCAUCCGAAUUCCUCAAGAGGAGCUUGCCUGUAAAUCUGUUCCCUCGACAAUUCCUCCUUCCUGACGGAAAGGUGUUCAUGGUCGCGAACAACCAGUCUAUUAUUUACGACAUUCAGACUGGCGAUGAACGAAUCUUACCUGACAUCCCUAACGGCGUUCGCAUCACGAACCCCUUCGAUGGUUCCGCCAUUCUGCUCCCCUUAUCGCCUCCCAAUUUCACUCCAGAGGUCCUCGUCUGCGGUGGCACCAACAUCACUGACACCACCCCAGUGACCUCCAUAUCCAGUCAAACACCGGCUUCUGACCAGUGCAGCCGCAUCACACUGACGGAAGAAGGUAUCAAGAAGGGUUGGGUCGUCGAGAGGAUGCUCGAGCCGCGCAUUAUGCCUGAGCUGCUGCACCUGCCGAACGGACAGGUACUCAUUACCAAUGGUGGUUCGACCGGAGUGGCUGCCAUUGGCACGGUCUUCGACCCCGUUGGGAACUCGAAUGCUGAUAACCCGGCCUUUACACCCUCAUUAUAUACGCCCACAGCUCCACGUGGUCGGAGAAUCAGUAAUGUGGGUAUGCCGACAUCUAACAUUGCCAGAUUGUAUCAUUCGAGCGUCACCCUCACCCCUCAAGGCAAUUUCCUUAUCGCUGGGAGCAACCCGAACGACAUGACCAACCUCACUGCCAGUGUGAAGUUCAAGAGCGAGUUCCGUGUUGAGACCCUCGACCCGCCCUUCAUGUUUGUCGCACGACCCAGAAUCUUGAAUGUCCCGUCAAAGAUUGGCUUUAGUCAACGGUUCACUGUACCCGUUAGCAUUCCUACCAACCUCAGGGCCGCGAAGAUCGAAGUUGCGCUCAUGGAUUUGGGCUUCUCAAGCCACGCUUUCCAUUCAGGUGCCCGCCUUGUCUUCAUGAACGCUCAACUAUCAAGGGAUCGUCGGUCGUUGACGAUCACUGCUCCUCCAGACCGUAACGUCUAUCCACCUGGUCCUGCAUUCAUCUUUUUGACGAUAGAUGAUGUGACGAGCGAAGGUCAGAAGGUGAUGGUAGGCAGUGGUGCACCUCCUCCUCAGACAGACUAAGGAAUUUAUGAAGUACCAAUUGUAACUGUAUUGCCGAACGAUAGAUCCCGUACCACUAGCGAAAUGGAUGUAAUGUCCUGUCUUGUGACUUACAACUGCGAUUGUUCAGUCUACAGGCUUGUACUCAAUGAUAUCUGUUUCACGCAAUCCCAGACCUUGACGGGUUCGGGGCCA